CACGUCCUGCUUGAGAGAGACUGUUCCCAGCGUCUCAGUGCUAUGGGGAGCAGGUGCCUCCUGGUCCUGCUCUCAGGUCUCACUGUCUUACUGGCUCUGCCAGGAUCAGAAGCCAAGAAUUCUGGAGCUUCCUGUCCACCAUGCCCUAAAUAUGCCAACUGCCACAACAGCACCCACUGUACUUGUGAAGAUGGCUUUCAGGCCAGGUCUGGCAGGACAUACUUUCAUGAUUCCUCUGAGAAGUGUGAAGAUAUUAAUGAAUGUGAGACCGGGCUGGCAAAGUGCAAGUAUAAUGCAUAUUGUAGAAAUAAAAUUGGAGGUUACAUCUGUAGCUGUUUGGUAAAAUAUCCUAUCUUCAACGUGCUGGCUAGUAUUAUAGAUUAUGAUCAUCCAGAUUGUUAUGAGAACAGUCGAGGGACGACACAGUCAAACGUGGAUAUCUGGGAAAAUCUGAGAAGAGAUGGAAGCAGAGAGGACUUUGCAAGAAGGGCUACUCAACUAAUUCAAAGCGUGGAGUUGGGCAUCUGGAAUACGAGUUUUGCUUCUCCAGGAAAGGGUCAAAUUUCUGAAUUUGAUGUAGUCUAUGAAACCAAGAGGUGCAAUGAGACAAGGGAGAACGCUUUUCUGGAAGCUGGAAAUAACACCAUGGAUAUCAACUGUGCUGAUGCUUUAAAAGGAACCCUAAGAGAGAGCACUGCAGUUGCCCUUAUCACGUAUCAAUCUCUUGGGGAUAUUCUGAAUGCAUCCUUUUUUAGUAAAAGAAAAGGGAUGCAGGAAGUAAAACUGAACUCUCAUGUUGUGAGUGGCACCAUCGGUUUGAAGGAAAAAAUUUCCCUGUCUGAACCUGUGUUCCUGACUUUUCACCAUAAACAGCCUGGUGACAAGAGAACAAAACAUAUCUGUGUCUACUGGGAGGGAUUGGAGGGAGGCAGCUGGUCCACGGAGGGCUGCUCUCACGUGUACAGCAAUGGUUCUUACACCAAAUGCAAGUGCUUCCAUCUGUCCAGCUUUGCCGUCCUCGUGGCUCUUGCCCCCAAGGAGGACCCUGUGCUGACCGUGAUCACCCAGGUGGGGCUGACCAUCUCUCUGCUGUGCCUCUUCCUGGCCAUCCUCACCUUCCUCCUGUGCCGGCCCAUCCAGAACACCAGCACCUCCCUCCAUCUACAGCUCUCCCUCUGCCUCUUCCUGGCCCACCUCCUGUUCCUGACGGGCAUCAACAGAACUGAGCCUGAGGUGCUGUGCUCCAUCAUUGCAGGGCUGCUGCACUUCCUCUACCUGGCUUGCUUCACCUGGAUGCUCCUGGAAGGGCUGCACCUCUUCCUCACCGUCAGGAACCUCAGGGUGGCCAACUACACCAGCACGGGCAGAUUCAAGAAGAGGUUCAUGUGCCCUGUAGGCUACGGGAUCCCAGCUGUAAUUAUUGUUGUGUCAGCAAUAGUUGGACCCCAGAAUUAUGGAACAUUUACUCACUGUUGGCUCAAGCUUGAUAAAGGAUUCAUCUGGAGCUUCAUGGGGCCAGUGGCAGUCAUUAUCUUGAUAAACCUGGUGUUCUACUUCCAAGUUCUGUGGAUUUUGAGAAGCAAACUUUCCUCCCUCAAUAAAGAAGUUUCCACCAUUCAGGACACCAGAGUCAUGACAUUUAAAGCCAUUGCUCAGCUAUUUAUCCUGGGCUGUUCUUGGGGCCUUGGUUUUUUUAUGGUUGAAGAAGUAGGGAAGACGAUUGGAUCAAUCAUUGCAUACUCAUUCACCAUCAUCAACACCCUUCAGGGAGUGUUGCUCUUUGUGGUACACUGUCUCCUUAAUCGCCAGGUUCGAAUGGAAUACAAAAAGUGGUUUAGUGGGAUGCGGAAAGGGGUAGAAACUGAAAGCGCUGAGAUGUCUCGCUCUACUACCCAAACCAAAACGGAAGAAGUGGGGAAGUCCUCAGAAUUCUUUCAUAAAGGAGACACUGCAACAUUAUCUGCAGAUUCAACCAAGCAACCGCAGCCACAGGUUCAUCUCGUCUCUGCUGCUUGGCUAAACGUGAACUGACCUGGCAAAUGCCAUGGCAAUGACCCGGAAGUUACUGCACCUUUCCGUUUGUCUACAGCGCCCCUGUGGUCACACAUAGAUUGGACAAAUGCCACUAUUUCUGGCUUUCCUGUGAAAAGUCCAGGCUCAUUCACCUAUUUUGGCUUUUUAUGUUCAUAGAAAGAACAAGACAUUUGCGAGAAUUCUUAGAUCCAGAGUCCAGUAGUGUGGCACGUGCAAUGAAGUGUCCGAAGGAUGCAUUUUAAAGAUGGCGGGCGGGAGAAGUGGAUUUUCUUCUUGCAGCUACUGCCACCUUGCCAGAAACUCACUAACUGGCAUCUGGAUUCAGCUCAUAGUUCCCUUUCUGGCCUCUCUUGCUGUAUUUUAUGCUCCCAAAGAUCUUACAUUAACAAUCCACAUUCACAUAAUUCAACAAUUUUCAUAUGGAUCAGUAUUAAAGAGGGUGUUGCAUUUUGCAAUACAAAAAUGCAUCAUCAUCCCAGCUUAGGGGUGU